AUGACUGACCGUUCUGGCCGUGGCGACCGCCGUGACCGUGAUCGCCGAAGAGACGAAGAGAAACGGGGUCGAAGCCGUGACAGACGGGCAAAAAAGACGAACCGAAGCAGAGACAGAGAGCGGCGUGGCAGGGACGAGGAGACUGACAGGUCUCGCAGCAGCAAGCCUGUCCUAGUCCCAGCGCAAGCUGCUCCGGCUCCUGCUCCGUCUGCAGAGGCUGCAGCUCCUGGAGAAGCUGAGGCGACUGAACCGCCGUCGCACGACGACGAAGAAGGUGAAGAAUCAGAAGACUGUGUUAUGGACCCAACAGUCUCAGUCGACGACCUGCGCCCUGUAAAGCACGCCGUGCCAGAGGCUGGCGAGGCAGCCCGUCCAGGUCCAGCCAAGGCUGAGACCAGCACUCGGACCACCACGACGCACAAGCGCUCAGGUGGCCCGCCUCAGCCUCACCAAGGUGAGACGAAGCGUGACCACGGUCACAAAACUGGUGAGAAGCGUGCCCAAGGUCACAAGCCUGGUGAGAAGCGUGACCAAGGUCACAAGCCUGGUGAGAAGCGUGACCAAGGUCACGAGAAGCGUGACCAAGGUCACAAACCUGGUGUGAAGCGUGACCAAGGUCACAAACCGGAGUCGAAGCGCAAAGACGAGUCUCACCAAGGUGACAAGGCUGACCAAGGUGAGAAGCCUCAGGGUCAGACCGACGACGACAAGACUGGUCGGUAUGAAUGCAGUGUCUGCAACCGCGUGGUCGGAGGUGGAAUUGCCGGCUCGUGGCAACAUCGCCGGUCACCUUACCAUUUAGCUUGCUACCACUACUGGAACCACAAUGAGACGAUUCGUUGGAAGAAUUGUCUCGAGGAAGGGCAGCGCUGGAGCAAGCACUGCUGGUCGACGAACACCACAGGUCCGGAGGAUGACACGCUGCCCAACAAGCCAAAGAAAAAGCAAAGGUCUCCAGUUCCAGUGAGAAGCGAAGUAGACACGAAACGUUCCCGCUUUGACAAAGACCACCAAGGAGACCCUGGCCCGGACGGAGGAGCAGGGUCCUCCGGCAGGAACUUGCUGCUGCAAAUGUGGCAA